AUGAACAUGAACCUGGUAACAGUCUGGGGACGACAACACUGUGUUGGAAGAUACUGUGUGACUCUGAGUGAGCAAGAACUAACAGCAGAGGCUGGACUCUGUGUUGUGAUCCCGUGUUCUUUCACUACUGCUGAUGAGUUUACACCCAAACAUACAGUUUGGUACAAAUGUGAAGCAUCUCAACACAGUUGCAGCGAAGCUGACAUAAUAUUUCACAGCAACAAAAACACAGACAAAAAAGUUCAGGCUGCGUUUGAAGGACGAGUGUCACGUUUGGAGCCUGAUGUGAGGCAAAAGAACUGCAGCAUCAUCAUUAAUGAUCUCAAAGAGUCUGAUUCAGGAUCAUAUCAGCUCAGAGUUACUGGUGUACUGAAUGGGAAAGAAGAUGGAUUCACAUUCAUUCCAAGAGUAACUGUCUCUGUUAAAGGUCUUAAUCAGAAGCCCACAGUAAUGAUUCCCACACUGACAGAGGGACAGCAGGCCACACUGACCUGCACUGCUCCUGGUCUCUGCUCUGGAUCUGUUCCUCAAAUCACCUGGACAUGGAGAGGAGCAGGAGGGAUUGAAUCUUACAUUACAGGAAACAGCACUGAUUUUAAGACUGAGAGUCUGACUCCUUUCACACAAAGACAUGUGUCAACUUUGACCUUUAACCCUUCAUCUGAAAACCAUAACACCAAUGUGACCUGUAAAGUACACUUCAUUGGCAAAAUAAUGAAAGAAGAGACUUCAGGUUUGAAUGUGAACUACACAAGAAAACCUCAAAUCACUGGGAACACAACUAUCAAGGAGGGAGACGAUCUGAAUCUGACCUGCAGUGUUGAAAGUUUCCCUCCAUCUCUCAUUAUGUGGUCUAAAUUGACUUCUGUCACAAACCUGCACAACGACACUGGUUCAGCUACACUUGUCAUCACUAAUGCAACAGCAGAAGAUUCUGGACAGUACAUCUGUACAGCUAAAUAUAUGAGUAACACUCUAAAGGAGAAAGUCAAUCUAGCAGUGAUAUAUAAAAGAAAACCUCAGAUUAUCGGGACUACAACUGUUAAGAAGGGAGAUGUUCUGAAUUUGACCUGCAGUGCUGAGAGUUUCCCUCCAGCUCUUAUCAUGUGGAAAAAACGUAGCUCCAACACAAAUCUUCUGAGCGGAAAUUACACUGAUCUGCACAAUGGCACUGGAUCAGCUACACUUGUCAUUCAUAAUGUGACAGCAGAAUAUUCUGGACAAUAUGUCUGCACAGCUAAAUAUCUGGACACAGCCAUUACUAUACAUGCCACUGUGACCGUGACUUGGUUUUCAGAGACCCAGGAUGGCUCUGGAUGUGUGCUUCAGUCAGAGGUUUUGACCUGUGUGUGCAUCAGUGAAGGGUUUCCUUUACCUACCAUCAAAUGGCCGCUCCUAAAGAACCACACUGAGUACUCUGUCAUUACUACGGUCUCUAAACACACAGUCAACAGCACUGUCAGUGUAACUGUAAACAAACAUAGUAACAGCACUGUUGAAUGUGUGAGUAACAAUGGAAAUGGAGAGAAUAGAGAAAACCUACUGAUCCACCAAAACUUGCCUGAAAAAUAUGGACAGCAGCUCCUCAAACUGGACGAGGGAAAGACAGUGGUACCGCUGAAAGCAGCCGUCAUCCAGACGCAACACAGACCUUAUGGACCCAGGUACGGCGAGGACAUCCUUUGCUCUGCUCUCCACAGUAAAUAG